CCGCCGCCCCGCAGCUCCCCCCGGCCAUGGCGGCCCCCCGCCCGCCCCCCGCCAUCUCCGUGUCGGUCUCGGCGCCGGCCUUCUACGCCCCGCAGAAGAAGUUCGGCCCGGUGGUGGCCCCCAAGCCCAAAGUCAACCCGUUCCGGCCCGGGGACGGCGAGGCGCCGGGGGCCGGGGCCCAGCGCGCACAGCUGGGCCGGGUGGGCGACAUCCCCCCGCCGCCCCCCGAAGAUUUCCCCUUGCCCCCUCCGCCGCUCGUGGGGGACUACUCGGAGGGCGCCCUGGGAGGGGCUUUUCCGCCGCCCCCGCCCCCCAUCGAGGAGCCAUUCCCCCCUGCGCCACCAGAUGAGGACAUAGAGGACAUCUUCCCCACCCCGCCGCCACCCCCCCCUGAAGAUGAGGCCGGGCCCGAGGCCCCUCUGCCGCCCCCACCUCAGUCCAGGGAGAAGGUGAGCAGUAUUGAUUUGGAGAUCGACUCCCUGUCCUCGCUCUUGGAUGAUAUGACCAGGAAUGACCCCUUCAAGGCCCGGGUGUCGUCGGGAUAUGUCCCCCCGCCAGUGGCCACGCCGCUCGUUUCCAAGCCCAAACCCGCAACUGGGGGGACAGCCCCCCUGCCUCCUUGGAAGACCCCGCCGAGCUCUCAGCCUCCGCCUCCGAGCCCGCCUCAGUUUCCCCGGCAGCCCCCUGCCCAGCCCCAGGCCAAGCCUCCAGUCCAGCUCCCUGUCCAGCCCCAACCUCCGGCCCAGCCGGUGGCUAAUACUCCACCCCGGGCCCCCUCCGGCCCUUCUCCAGCCCCUAAGUUCUCCCCAGUGACUCCCAAGUUCACUCCCGUGGCCUCCAAGUUCAGCCCUGGAGCCCCAGGCGGACCCGGGCCCCAGCCCAGCCCGAAGUUGGGGUCUCCUGAAGCCCCCGCUGGCACCGGCUCCCCUCAGCCCCCCAGUUUCAUGUACGCUCAGCAGCGGGAGAAGCCCCGCGUGCAGGAGAAGCAGCAGCCCGUGCCGUCCCCGGCACCACCAGCACCCACCCCAAACUCCAACCAGGCGCGCGCCCCAGGGGCCCCGGGCCCCCUGACGCUAAAGGAGGUGGAGGAGCUGGAGCAGCUGACGCAACAGCUGAUGCAGGACAUGGAGCAGCCGCAGAGGCCCAGCGUGGCCUCCCACGAGCUGUGCGGCCACUGCCAGCAGCCCUUGGCCCGCGCGCAGCCCGCCGUGCGCGCGUUGUCGCAGCUCUUCCACAUCGCCUGCUUCACGUGCCACCAGUGCGGGCUGCAGCUGCAGGGACAGCAGUUCUACAGCCUGGAGGGCGCGCCCUACUGCGAGAGCUGCUACACGGACACCCUGGAGAAGUGUAACACGUGCGGGCAGCCCAUCACGGAGCGCAUGCUGCGCGCCACGGGCAAGGCCUACCACCCGCAUUGCUUCACCUGCGUGGUCUGCGCGUGCCCGCUGGAGGGCACCUCCUUCAUCGUGGACCAGGCCAACCGGCCGCACUGCGUCCCCGACUACCACAAGCAGUACGCGCCGCGGUGCUCCGUGUGUGCUGAGCCCAUCAUGCCCGAGCCGGGCCGCGAAGAGACGGUGCGCGUGGUGGCACUGGACAAGAACUUCCACAUGAAAUGCUACAAGUGUGAGGACUGUGCGAAGCCGCUGUCCAUCGAGGCCGACGACAACGGCUGCUUUCCCCUGGACGGCCACGUGCUGUGCCGCAAGUGCCACGGUGUCCGCGCCUCGCAGGGCUGAGUGGGGACGUGCCGCCCUCCGCCCCACCCCCGCCCCCUCCUGGGGUGGGGGGCUGCUGCUUCCACUGCUGCACGCCCCCCGCCCCCUUCAGCCCGCGUGCGCUGUGCUUGCAGGGGUCCCCGGAGAGCCCCCCUGUGCUGUGUGGCUCUGGGGACGACGGGCGCGUCCCGGACACGACAGCCUCACCUCCCCGCCCACUGCCGCCAGGUGUGGCUGU